GCUUCUUCCUUUGAAGUAUCACCUCUCCUGCCCAGCCCUUCUUUCCCCAUAGCUGGAAUCGAAGCCAGCAUUCAGACUUGUUGGGCAGGGCGGGGGCAUGGGAUGUACCUGUUCGCCGGUCACAUGACGCCCUCAGGAACGCCAGCCUGACAGUGCACGGUGAAGGCGGCUGAUACCUGACACACUGAUUGUCACACAAACAAAGCAAGCAUGGCCGAACAAGGAGUCCCCCCAGUGCCCAGCCCCGCGGCCAUGUCCUACCCUGCAGCCAAUGUAGGAUUGCCUACCGGACCUGAGGUGCUGAGGACGUACUCCGGAGCAUUUAUCUGCCUGGAACUUAUUUUUGGAGGACUUGUUUGGAUUUUGGUGGCAGCCUCUAAUGUGCCAGUUCCAGUAGUACAAGGAUGGGUGAUGUUCGUAUCAGUGACCGCCUUCUUCUGCUCCCUCCUAUUCCUGUGUGUGUUUCUCUGUGGUCUGGCCCAUAUGAUCCCUACUAACUGGAACUUUGUGGACCUUGCUUUCCACUUCUUUGCGUUUGUAUUUUAUUUCGGGGCCUUUGUUCUGGAAGCCGCUGUGUCCUCUCUAGCAAAUCUAAUGAAGAAUGAAAACACGACUGUUCUCCACCUCGAUAAUCGCCGGAUUGGACUGAAUGUAGCAGCGACGAUUUUUGCCUUUGCCGCCACUAUGUGCUAUGGGUGCAGCAUGGUCCUGGGAUUCCGCAGAUGGAGACAAUAACAAACCGGAACAGGCUGAACCAGAUGGACCUGCUGGAAUCUGAUAGCAGUCAAUGGAUAAGAGAGAAGGAGUGUGAAUGGACAGAGCCCGGUCACAGAGACAUUAUAGCCUGAAAAGACUGACCCCCUUGUAUAUGUGCCAACCACAUACGACAGCGCUGCGGAGCCGGAGAGCUGCGCACAUUGUAAUAUACCAGGAUCCCAAGUGGACAUGGAUUCCUGCACUGGGAUGGGAUGCUUUCGGAUAUGUUUGUAUGGGAGUUUUACAAUAAAA